UGUUGGCUGUUACUAUGACUACCAGGAUCUUCUCCAAACCAAUGAGAGCCCUUCACUUCUUUCGACCCAAAACAAGUGCACUGAGAAGGGGGUCGGCAUGUUUCAUCACUGAUCCGCGUCUUCAAUCUCUAGAGUCAAGAAAGCGCGUCUGAAAUCUGAAUGUUGUGUCCGGGCAGCCAUAGUGCUUGUUGAGAGGCACAAUAAUAAUCAUCGACUGCUUGCCGAGAAGCCGCGCGAGGGAACUGGCGCGAGAAUGGAUUCAUGUUUUUGAUGCAAACACACGUGUGUGUUUUCACUUAACGGGAUAAUAAUUUAUGAGGGAAUAGAAACCGCUUUUGUUCAGUCUGCUGAAUAUAGGAGAAACCAGCUGCAGUCUGGGACUUUAACCCUGAAACGCAGCAGAUCCUCUGGGCUAAAGUGAGACGCGUGGACGUGGAGCCUGCUGCCUGUCAGCUCGGACCCGACGCCUGCUUUCAGUCCUAAUGCCUGGACUGUGUGACAUCAAGACACCACAAGAAGGAGAGAUCUUCAACAUGAACACAGACAGUGGAGGACAUGUCCGCAAAAGUGCCACGCUUUCACUCACUCUAACCCCCAUGAAGAGAAUACAGAGCACACCAAACCUAUACACGCUCACAGACUCUGAAUCACAAUCUAAAGAUUCAGAUUUGCGGAGGCCCGGCAGCAGCACCAGUGAUGUUCUGAGAAACGGUGACGUGUGUUCUUCUUCUCUGGCAGCUAAAGGUUACAGAAGUGUCCGGCCCAACUUUCAGGAUAAAAAGUCUCCCACACCAGGACAAGAACAUAGUGUCCACUCCCACAGACUGCUGUCCACAGUGGACCAAACCUCAUGUUCUUCACAAGCAGAGCAGCCCUUCUUACACCCUUCAUCUAGGGAGCUGGAGAGACAAGUAGCUUCCCUCUCCAUCCGCAUUAACCCUAGGCCUGAGAUAUCAGCACGGCACACCCAGACACUGUCUCUGAGACCCCCUACCCCUCCUAAAAGGAUGGACCUCCCGGAUAGCCGCUCGCACCUUUGCCCUCCACUGCCAUCUGCAGCCCCACUAGUGCCUGAGGCGCCAGUCCUCCUCAAACAAACACUGACCUCACAGUCACCACCUAACCGGUUCAGACUCUCCCUCGACUUCAUCAGAGCUGACCUUCGCCCCGAGACCCCUUCUCCAGGCCCUCCCUCUCCCGGCUCGGAGCCUCCGCUGGGGCAGAGCCGCUGUUCUUCCUGCACCCAGAGCGAAGCGUCCACAGCGGUGCUGGAGGAGUUGAGGGUGUGUGGACUAGGCCCAGAGGGUGGCUCUCGUACCCCUUCUCCAACCCUCAGCCCGAUGAGUGCGGUCACAGUCAACAUGGGGUUACUCUCCCCUCCAGCUAGCACCGCUCAUGGCCAGAUGACUAUGAACGGGGGUCUGAGUGUGCCAGCAAGUCCUCGUAGUCACUUCCAAAGACCCUUCUCUCCGUCAACAUACCCCCCUCCUCCUUCACUGAGCCCUAGUAUUACAGCCAUGCAGCAGGCUAGAAGCACUGCCUCUGAGUCUAGCAAUCCUAUCUACGCCAACGUGGAUCCUCCCGCACAAGCGCCACAGACUGACAGGAAAGAAACAACAGGGAAAGCUCCGCUCUAUACUGGCAUCGGUCCCGUGGAUGAGUCUGGGAUUCCCGUUGCCAUACGGACGACUGUCGACAGGCCAAAAGACUGGUACAAAAGCAUGUUCAAACAGAUUCAUGUGGUGCCUAAACCAGAUAACGAGUGGUCUGGGUCCCGUACUGCCACAGAUCCUGUCACAAGUACUGGUACAGCUAUUUCUAAACAAGAUAAGCAUGCGGCACCUAAUGCUGUUCAGGCCCAUCCUGCACCUAAAACCAGCACCUACCGGCCCAUCACCAAGAGUGUCUCUGAUAACGGCGGAUACGGUUUCAGGGUGCCUGCCUCCUCUUCUGUCCCUACCCCUCUGCCCACAUCAGCAUCCACACAGCAGAGAUCCAGUGAAAGGGAGCACACUGACAUGAAUGAGUGGGGGCCUCCUGACAGAAAGGUGGACACACGGAAAUACAGAGCAGAGCCGAGAAGCAUCUUUGACUACGAGCCGGGAAAGUCGUCUAUUAUAGAGCAAGAGAGAGCGACAAGUAAUUUAAAGCCAGAGGACAUAGAUUUAGAGAAUGAGCCGUGGUAUAAGUUCUUUGCUGAACUGGAGUUUGGGCGGCCGCCUCCAAAAAAACAUCUUGAUUACAAUCCAGAGAGCUCUCCUCGAUUCCGAGUGGAGACCUCCCUUUGUCAGCCAUCCAUAGAGAGGAGCCUUGAAAGGCUCUCAAGCUCUGCCAGUGAUAACAAGAGACGUAAAUCUGAACCUGCAGCCACUCAGCCCAGGGCUCAGAGCAGUGUGGGCACAGCACAAACAUCUGACAGACCACUAGAGCUACCCAGGAGGAAUCCCCUCACCAGCCCCAGCUCCCCCGCCACCACUAGGACUAAAGGUGGGGAUGUGAGCAAUAUGCAUGCAGCACAUUUAAAUUGUCAAAGUCCAAACCAUGCUACCUCACUAUCCACAUAUCAAAAGAAAGGGCAAAAUGAGGACAGUUUCAUAGCUGUCCCAGCAGUCUCAGAAGGCUUCUCCAGCCUCCCCGAAGGCUGGAAAACAGCCCAAGAGAACCCAAAAGACUGGAUGAUCUCAGAGGAGACCACGUCUAAGCUCAAAUCCUGGAGUUGUGAUGACCUUCUCUCUGAGGGGAGGGGAAAAGAUGUGCAGACCUGCUCGGAAAUCACCGGCUUUUUGUUACACAACGGGGAACUAGAGGCAUCACAAUGCAUUGGCGCCCAAGAGUCUGAGGAUCCUAGGGAGAGGACAAGGCACCGCUCAGCACACGAUGCACCAGGCUUCCUCAAACUCUACAAAAAGAUGCAUCACAUCAACCGACAAGAGCUGAUUAACUCUACGGUGAUAUGCUCCGUCAAAGCCAGGAUCCAUAAGUAUGAGAGCGAACAGCGGAAGGACAGACACGGUGGCAACAAGGACUGUAACGAAGAGGUGCCUCGGGACAUGGUGCACAAUAGGAUUUCUGAAUUCGAAAGUCUAAUCCAGAAGUCCAAAUCCAUGCCAAAUCUUGGGGACGAGUGCCUGAUCAAGAGUUCUUGUAGGAGGGCCAGCAGUCCCAAGCGUAGCCUCUCUAUUGAGUCAUUACUGGAUGAAGGAUCACCGACCAGAAAUCCUCCUGAAGGACGGCCUCAAUACCCCAAGAUAAACACCCAUGUGCCAAUCCACAUUCAAGUCACCAAUGACCAAUUACAGAACUCUGCCAUGCAACACGACUACUCAGACAGCGAACAUGAUGCUGUAGUGUCCGACCUUAGUGACUUCAUCCAGAUUGAGGGAUCAUCCUUCUGUAGCGAGAGGGAGUUUGACGUGUGUUCAGUUGCCUCCUCAGAGAGCUUCUGGGGAUCCGGGCACCAACAUCAUUAUCACAGGCAGCUUGUGAGCUCCUGUAAGGGCCGCUGCCCAGCUUCCUACACGCGUUUCACCACUAUGAUCAAGCACGAGAGGGCCAAGCAGGACCGGAGGCAACAUUUGCGAGUUGAAGAGUCAGAGUUCGGCCUCAGCAAACUCGCCUUCCUGGUCAGUCCAGUGCCUUUCCGCCGGAGGAACCUGUCACCUUUAAGUUGUUCCCGAGUGCCAAACUCUAAGAGCGGUAUGUAUGAGGCUCUAGAUUCGGCCCUGAAAGACAUCUACGACCACAUCCACACUGAAAAGUACAGGGGUAACCUGCCGGACAACAGCAUUCUUCAUAGGUUGCUGGUGGAGUUGCUUCCCGACAUUCCUGAAAGGAAUUCAUCUCUACACGCACUGGAGAGAAACAGCCCAAUAAUUCAGCCUCGCUCUUACCACCCACAGCCUGAUGGCAUGCCCAGCCAGGACACUCACCAAUCCGAGUACUCACGCAUGUCCCAUAGUGCCUCUCAUAACCAUAUAGACAGCAACAACAACCAGAGGAAACACAACUUUGAAUACUGCUAUCAAGAUCAGGACACUUCCAGAGAAUACUCUUACCCUGAUGUGGGCCGCCGCACACCACAGAGCAGGAGACAAACCCCUGAUGUCAAAGAGAAACUGCCAGCCAGAGCAAUAUAUGACUUCAAAGCACAGACAGCAAAAGAGCUGACUUUUAAGAAAGGAGAGACGGUAUACAUCACUCGUCAGAUAGAUAAUAACUGGUAUGAAGGAGAACACCGUGGACACGUGGGCAUCUUCCCCAUCUCAUAUGUGGAGAAAAUCCCGCCUUCAGAGAGACUUCAGCCAGCUAGACCUCCUCCACCAGCCCAAAGCAAAGAAAUUGGGGAAGCAAUUGCCCGCUACAACUUUAAUGCUGAUACUAAUGUGGAACUUUCAUUAAGAAAAGGCGAGCGUGUUGUUCUGUUGCGGCAGGUGGAUAAGAACUGGUUUGAGGGCAAAAUCCCAGGUACAAACAAACAAGGGAUUUUCCCUGUGUCGUAUGUGGAUGUUGUUAAGAAGGCUUCAGUACAAAGUACCGGUCAACCUCCUGGGCCCAGUAUACCCACCAGCUACUCCAGUGACAGACUAAACAGUAGGCCAUCACCUGCACGUACCCUCUUCAACUCUUCAUCCCCAUCUGUCCGUCCACUCUCCUCAUCCUCUCCCAGUCCACAGAGAGCUGCACACCUUCAGGCCAUCACCAGCGAGUGGUUGGCCCUUACUCUGGGUCUGUCUCCUUCAGGAACCCCUGCCCCCACACCUCCUCCCUUCCCUUCCAAUUUCCAGCCAUACUUUGGUGUAUUGGAUUCUGCCAUCUCGCCUUCUCCUGCCUCCUCCAUGCUGGGCCGCUCUCCAGCCCUCACUCCCUACACCUCCACUCAUGCACUCAAAGAGGGUCACUUUAUUCCCAUCACCUCCCCAAAGUCCUAUAUGUCCCCCGAUCCCAGCCCAUCACCUCAACCUUACCCCACCUCCGCCUCCUUCACUCCUUCACCCACCUCACCCAUAUUUGACUCAAGCCCCAGAUCUAGCAGUGUCAUAGAGAUCAUCUCCAGCCAAAAAGCAGAUUUAGCCGCGAAAGAACCACAGUUGUUCUCAGAUUGCGAAGACCUCCACAAACCAGUCGAGACAGACCCCCCUAAAUUGCGUAGCCCUGUUGACUUGGUUGUUUUAGAGGCAUAUGAAUCCCCAUUGGACAAUCUUCCACCUAAAGACCCCGAGGAUGAUCUGUGUGAGGAGUUAGUGUCAAUCAUUAAGGCCAGCCAAUCAAAGGGCAGGUUCAAAGAAGAGGAGGGAUUUAAUCGGCAGGAACCAGAUGUAAUAGAAAAGCUUCCCAGACUGUAUAUAGAGGAGGAAACAAAUGAAGACAACAGCUUCAUAAAUGAACCCCUGCCAUCAAAUACAUUUACUCCAGUCCAAACCGAGGGGUCAGAUACUGAGCAGGGGGAAGUUUCCCAGAAUGCCUCUCCACGUCUCUCUCCCCUGUCCUCACAGAUGUCAUUGCCGUUCACACUGCCCUCAUCGGCUAAAUACUCUCCCCCUUCCCCUCGCUCCACCCCCCCUCUGCCCGGGGUUUCACAGUCGCCCCCUCCCUCUGCUAAACUGUUCCCUCGACAGGACCUCCGCUCCCCAAAGGUCAAGUCUGUGUUAAGGCGUGAUGUUGGGGUUGUUGGUAAGCCCCCUCGUAGCCCUGUGAUGUCUAGGAGGUCCUGCGGCUCGCCUGUUAGAGGUCAAAACUUUUCACCAUCUCAUAGGCUUAAACAAGGUGUACUCCCCAGGGCCAGGCAAGCGGCCUAUUCCCCACAUUUCCUUCCAAACAAGUCCCAAAGACAGGCAUAUGUUCAUGACCCGCUUCAAGGUGCAGGGGAACCAUUUCAAGCACUGUAUAACUACAUGCCACGAAAUGAAGAUGAGCUGGAACUAAAGGAGGGAGAUGUAGUUGACGUCAUGGAGAAGUGUGAUGAUGGAUGGUUUGUGGGAACGUCCAGGAGAACCAAGUUUUUUGGAACCUUUCCUGGGAACUACGUGAAGCGGCUAUAAAUUGACUUUUUCAGUACACAUCUGCUGUGGAGAGAUGGACAAUGUCACUUACAGCUACCUGCUGGAAUCAGCACGACGUGUUCCAGUCAUCAAUCUGUUGGAGCGACAGAAAGUGAUGAAGCUGAUGCGAAGCCAAUGGCCUUUCGAAGGGUUACUGCACCAUUUAUGUCAUUUGGUUCAAAUAUGUUGCUAAUUACAUUCUGAAAGCAUCCCAUUAAUUAGGAAUUUCAGUUAAAGCUUUAAAACAUUUGGUUGCCUGCAUUUUUCCUCAUAGUUGAAAAUAAUCAGUUCGCUUGCCUUCUCGUUGAGCUGAUGGAUUUCAACAUAAUGAGUAAUCAAGUGCCCUAUUUAUUUGUAAUUUAUUAAGAGGCACGGAUGAAAUACAGUAGGUGAGGAAUGAUCUACUGAUGGUGCCCCUUGUACACUGGACCUGAUGUCUGAUCUGAUCUAGAUUGUAUAGACUGAACAGUAUUGCGGUGUCAUGUUUGUGUCAGGCAGUGGAUAUUACAGAAGACCAUUCCUGCCAACAUGUAUCUUUUCAGUAUGUUAUUAACUUUCUGGUUCAGAAGAAUGACCUCCGGUCUUCUAGGGCUUCUACGUUCUUCCUCCAGACAUUCCUUUGAGCAUUUGAAGGAUUUUACAGAUAAGAGAAAAAUAUUUUUUAUAUUUCUCCAUCUAAAGAGACAACGUUUUUUGAGAAUGCAAAAAGCAUUUUGGCAAAAUGGGCAUGUUAGCCGUAGUAAAAUGACUCAUUAAUGUCUCUACUGCCUGUAAUAUUUCUGUUUGGUGACCUUGCACAUCACUUUUGGUUUACACACUAUUUAUGGCCAAUAAGAGGAGCACAUGAUGUCAUAAUUACUAAACUGCAAUUGGCAGCCAUGUAUUUUGUAUAUGCCACCUUCCAAUUGGUUCAAUUUGAGUGAGGAAAUGUACGUAAAAAAAUCUAUUUUUGUUUAUUUGAUCAUUCAGCAAACCUUUUUCAUUAUGAUAUACUUAAUAUAUUGUUAAUUGUUCACUUUCUGUGUCUAUGAUCUGUUCAGCGCAGUGAUUGCACUCUCAUAUACAAAUGUUCAAUUUAAAAUAUGCAGCGUUUCAAUCUUCCAGCGAGACUGUAUGACUAACAGUUUUAUUCCAGUCAGUAAAGCAAGAAAUGUAAAUGUGUCAGUCAAUAGAAACAUGAACCAAUAAUAUAUGUCACUUAGGCAAUAUUAUACCUCAUGGAAUUAUGCAGUCUCUGUGUCUGUCAAUGUGCUUAAUGUACCAGUAAAAUCCUGUGCAUGUUGUUUCAAAAAGAAUUGCUCAUCAGUGCAAACGUAUUAUUGUACCAGUAUGAGCGUUCAUCUGGCUCUGUGAACCAUCAAGGCUACCAGAGAACUGUGGCAGACUGUCUUCCGUUCUUAAGCAGAAGUGAAGUAAACUGUGCUGUUCCUUGUGCAUAAUUUGACCACAUGUAAUUCAUGUAAUGACAUGGCUAUUUGUAAUAUUUAAUAAUGCACGAUUAAGGAACAAAUGUUUAUAAAGUACAAAACACUGUGAUAUGUUUAGUAAAUUAAAUCUGCCACUGACUGAACAUUA